GUUACAGGAUCCUGAACCCAGAGCUGCUGGUGAAGAUUGAGAAGUCGGGUGAGCGCAGUGGGCGUGGCAGCCGCACCCCUCCAACAAGUGAGUGCGCGCCGUAUCGCCCACGGUGGAGGCGUCCUGGUCCCGGACAUCCUGCUGAGAAUCGAUGGAAUCGUCCCGGGAGGAGAGAAGGCGCGCGGGAAACAGUCAGUACCCGAGUGCGGCCGAGGCAGCCGAGCGCGGAAACCUGA